CGUCAUCGAAGAAGAAGGUACCUAAGAAGAAGUUUACGGAAAAUGGCCAGCUUUGGCAGGGUUGCUGGAGUUUUGAGAAACUUUUGGAGGAGACCUUGGUCAUACAGAACGCUGCAUAGUGCCCUGAGACCUGGCAUUUUGGGGUUUGCCGUUGGAAGCGGGCUGGUAUAUUUUCACUUUGAGUCGAGCAAGAGGUUUUUGCCCUUCACCGUCCAUGCCGAGGAGGAAAAGGUGCUUCCAGUAUCCCAGAUGUCUGCCAGACGGAUGCGCUUCAACCAGUUUGCCUCAAUGAUGUACGAUGAGGAGCUCUACAUGACACCAAGGGAUUUCCUUUUCUCAAUCAUGCUGGAGAAUGUUGACCGUAAAUUGCAAAAUAAAGCUCUAACCAAAAAGGAGGUGGAUAAGAUGCUGGAUGCUGCCUCAUGGGCCAAGGCAGGCAACAGUCUGUUCAGAAACUUUGGAGACAAUGGUCUGAUAUCCUACACAGAGUACCUGUUCCUGUUGACUAUUCUGACCAAGCCACACACAGGAUUUCAUAUAGCUUUCAAAAUGCUUGAUAUUGAUGGCAAUGAGCAUGUGGACAGAAAGGAGUUUCUCAAGCUCAAGAAAAUCAUUGGGAAAAGAAAAGAGAAAGUGCCCAUGGAAGGUGCCACAGACGUGAAACCAGUCGUAGAGGGGGAUGGUGUGAACACUACACUGCAGGCAUUCUUCUUUGGCAGGAAUGGCAGCAACAAGCUUCAGUACAAUGUAUUCUGCAGGUUCAUGGAGGACCUGCAGGCAGAGGUGCAGGAGAUGGAGUUCCUGCAGUUUUCCAAGGGCAUGGACACCAUGCGGCGGGAGGACUUUGCAGAGUGGCUGCUGCACUACACCAACGAGGAAGCCAAUGAGGCCUACUGGGAGAACAUGAGAAAGAGGAUCCCCGCUGGCCAGAGCAUCACAUUUGAUGAGUUCAAAGCAUUUUGCCUAUUCACCAACAACCUGGAGGACUUUGCCUUCUCUGUGAAAAUGAUAAGUGAAGCCAACCGACCUAUUGGAAUGGUCCAAUUUAAGCGAGCUGUGAAGAUCGCCACAGGGCACGACCUCUCGGAGAACGUGCUGGACACUGUGUUCAAGAUCUUUGACCUGGACGGCGAUAACUGCCUGAGCCACAAGGAGUUUAUCGGCGUGAUGGAGGACCGAGUACUACGUGGCUUGAAGGUGCAGCCUCAGCGUGGCAUCAUAGAUUAUUGGAAGUGUGUGAAGAGGGAGACACUGAAAGGGGCCCAAGAGGCCCUCCGGGACACAGGAAGCCCUUUUUGAGGGGUCACGUUGUUGGAUCAAGAAGCUCCUUGCGAGGUUUCACUGGGUGACUCCAAUGUAAAGCAUUGAUGGCUGUCCAUCAAGUUGCUCAUGAUCACUUGAUAUUUGUCGUUUGUGAAAAUGUUAUUACAAUAUACAUAAUCUAUGGGUAAGUGUUUUGUUUACAAUAUUUGUUAUAUUUUCUAAUUAGGCUUGGGCGUUAUACUGGGGUAUUGCCGAAUACCGACGGUAUGAUUUUCAAUACCGUGCUACGCCACUACUUAUAGCUAGCUAUAAGAAAUCUAAGAUGUCAAAUUAUAUCCAGCGUAGGGCUCCAGCUAUGCAUUUGGUUUGCUAGUGAAGUGGCUAGAUCUCAUGAUCAAGCUUCUUGGUUACAGCAGAGACAUUCAAUCCCCUCAUGGAUCAAGAUCCCUAGUGCCUAAACUUUUUUUUGACACAAAACAAUAUUAAUCUUUUGGAUGCCACUUGUGUGAACAUUUAGUGAUACUGUAUACCUCGGUAUGAAAAUCUAGAUACCGCCCAAAUUGGAAAUUGGUUGUGACGCUUGGUACCAGUCUAUGCAUACAAGGCAUGUGAAAUGUGAGCUCGUUUGACAUUUAUUGAAUGUCUGUCACCUUUUUAUAUUAUAUCUCGCUGCUCAAAUACAUUGUUUACAGUUAGAGGUGGUUUACUGUGGUAUCAUUGGAAUUUCAUUAAGUUUUUUAAAAUGCUGAAUCAUGGAAAAAGUCAUUAAAUAUGUGCUUGUCUUCAAAUGUCUAUGUACAGUUGUGCUGUAAUAUAUUGGCACCCUUUCACAAUUCACUUUCUUCUUAAAUAAAUUGUAAUUUAGGACUUGGUGUUCGUUUGAUUUGGAAUUGAUUUUUCAACGUCAAAUGGCCUGGACUAAAUUAUACAAAAUUCUAAUUCAUUUGGUUGGAAUCAGGUUAACGGUGUAAUUUCUCAACAGGGUAAAAUUUUAAACAGUUUUGAACUUUCCUCCUUUGGAAAGUACAACUAUAUACCUUUUCUAAGAUUAAUUAAAUGUUUGAAAAAUG